CUUCUUCUUAAAUGCACGCUCAUUUUAUUUAUGUAAAUGUUUCUUGCUCCUUUCCCUGCCCAUCUUUUUGCUCAACGCCCCCCACAAUAGCCUCAGAUUCUUCUUGUAAUUCCUUCCAUUGCGUAUCAUCUCUCUCUCUCUCUCUCUCUCUCUCUCUCUCUUCGCGUCCCUCGGUUCAAAGAUUUUCUUGCCGAUUCCAGAGAAAAUAUCAUUCUUUGAAUCAUGGGUCGGGCUUGUUUCUGCUUCUGACAUCUGUAAUCCCUACAAUUCAGGUUUGAAUCUUCCUCUCUCUUACUUUACUGCUUUUCUGCAGUCUUUUAGCUCCAACCCAGAAUAAGAACGGGGAAAGGAGGAAAGAAACUACUUCCCAUGGAACAUUGUGCAUUCGUUUAUCUUACCAUUCGAGUCGACUUCCAUGGAAAUUCAGUCAUCUUUGAGUUAACUUCAGAUUUUGUUCUCUUAUGUUCAUGAUUUUCGUUUUCAAUUGUCCCUUUUUUUUUUUUUUGGAGGUUUGGAAUCUCCCCUCUCUUAUGCUCUCGGAUGUUCGUGAUUUCAUACCAAUUCAUUCAUCAAUCACUUUGAUCAUUAGCAGUUUUGGUGUUGUUGGAAGCUCAGGGGAGAAUAGAGAUUGGUAUCAGUUGGGGAUGUUAGGACUGCAAAUCACACUGACCCAGCUGGUCCUUUGACAGAAUGAAACUAGCGGAUUUCCUAGGCACUUUAAUCAAUUGGCAGUCCUGGGCUCAUUUGCUGAGAGCAAAACCAUUUUCUGAGCAGGCACAACUUCUAUCGAUAUCCAAAUGUUUGAAACUUUGCCUUUAGUCAACUUUCAUGGGAAGGAAUUAUUGCUCUGAGAUUGGACAUGUCCUGCUAGUGGAAUUUGACUCAUCUGCAACAUCUGUCUUCUAUGAAAGACAUUGUGGAACAAUUAAACAUUGAUGACCCCAUGCCUGCGAGGGAGCUAAGUGUCAGUUUUGGCUAUCAAUGCAAUACCUCUAGCUACACUAGCUCAGUGAGCAUCGAAGAUGAGUUCAAUGCUUCGGAAAGUGUCAUGACUUGGAGUUCUGCCAUGAAGAUGAGGAAUGGCUCCUUUUCUUGUUUGUCCGGUGCUGCUCUGAGUGCCAAUGCAACUUUAGCCAACACGAGAAUCUGCAAUGGCAUCAUAGGAGAGGAAAUCUUGCCCAGCAUGGACUCUCCAAAAUCAUUCAGAAGAUUGGCAUCUUCUCCUUCUCUAUCUCGGUUGGACCUUGUAUCAUCGUCCUUCUCUAAUAGCACUUCUCCCUUGGUUGGGAGUGGAUCACCGGACUCUGAGAUUGUUGAGGAUGAGAGGACCCUUUGUCAGUCUAAGAGUACUCCCACUAGGACAGAGUCCUCGAGCUUUCUUAAUGCAAUGGAUGUACAAAUGGCAGGAGGGGCUGCAGGUGAGGAUAGAGUCCAGGCUGUGUGCUCAGAAGAAAAUGGGUGGCUCUUUUGUGGAAUAUAUGAUGGAUUUAAUGGGCGUGACGCUGCCGAUUUCUUAGCAGGGACACUCUAUGACAGAAUCGCUUCUUCUCUGCAUAACCUGGAAUGGCGGACGAGGAAGCUACAUGUGUCAUGUGAAAGUAGUUCACUGCAUCAACUUUCUGGAAGCGCUUCAUUGGAGCAUGGCAAUGUCAAUAACGACAUUUCCUUGACCACUUAUCCAUACACUUUAAGUGUGGAGGAUAGAGAAAUUGACCCUUUUCAGUCUUCUAAUGAUGCAUCCACACAUAAGACUUUUUUCCAUGGGGUGAUAAAUUGUCUCAAUGAUGCUGUUGCUCAAGCAGAAAGUGAUUUCCUGUAUAUGGUCGAACGGGAAAUGAAAGACCGGCCUGAUCUGGUAUCUGUCGGAUCAUGUGUGUUGGUGGCGCUUCUCCACAUGAAUGAUAUCUAUCUUCUGAAUUUAGGAGACAGCAGGGCUAUAUUGGCGACAAGUGAUGGCACGCGGGAUGGUGCUUUGCAGACAAUUCAGCUGACGGAAACUCAUACUGUAGAUAAUGAUUCAGAGAAGAAGAAGCUUUUGGAGGAUCACCCUGACGAUCCUCGUCCCAUUGUAAAUGGAAGAGUGAAGGGGAAACUAAAGGUUACUCGAGCAUUUGGAGUCGGUUACCUCAAAGAGAGCAAAAUGAAUGAUAUGUUGAUGGGCAUACUCCGUAUUCAGAACUUAUGUAGCCCUCCUUAUGUUUAUUCCCAUCCGUUCACGACGAGCCAUAGAGUGUCAGAGAAGGAUCGCUUUGUUGUUCUGGGAAGUGAUGGGCUAUUUGACUUCUUCAGUAAUGAUGAGGUUGCGCAGCUUGUUCAUCUCUUCAUCCAGCAGAAUCCUGUUGGUGAUCCUGCGAAGCACCUCAUUGAAGAGCUUGUUCAAAGAGCAGCCAAUAAUGCAGGUUUUAGUACCGAUGAGCUCUUGAAUAUUCCUGCGGGACGGAGAAGGAAGUAUCACGAUGAUGUAACAGUUAUAGUAAUCACCCUUGGCAAUAAGCAGCGGACAUCUACUGCAUCAACAUCCCUGGAGCAACCAUCGCACUCACUUUUCACGUUAUGCCAAUAAUUCAUAAAGGAUGAGCCAAUAAGAGAUUUGGCUUUGAACCAUGAGAAUAAUAAAAAGAAACGUACUCCAGCUAUUUGGCAAAACAGAAUUGAGAUCUUUUUUAGACGGUCACGCUCUUCCACUGUGGAGUUGAAAGAGCCGAGCUAGAACUGAUACAUGGGCUUCAAAGAGGUGAUGAUACUGGCGGUGCUCGAACUUUGUCAUCAAUCAAACUGUCAUUUCUUAUUCAUUUACCUUUCCAGCAAACUUACAGACUGAUGCUUCUUUGACAUUAUGAUGCCCUUGAAGAUGUCCAAUACAUUCAUAGAUCUUAUGACAGAAGAGCACAGUGGAAGCAAGAAAACUGUGCAUAUGAUCA